AUGACCAAGUUAUUCAAUCUUUUUGCCACGCUUUUAUUCGUGUCGAGUGUCAUUGCUCAAAAUGGCAGGAACUCACCGUUCAAUGGCAAGGUGGGCGAUAAGCUAGUCGGUGGGAGUAGUAACAAGGACAUUGAAGCUGCAUGCUCGGCGCCAGAGUGCUUCGAGGGCAAGAAACUCUCCUACUACAUAGCUUACUCUCCAGAAUGUACCAAGAACCACCACACGGAAGAGGUCUGCCUGGGAUCGGACGCGUGGUGCGGCCACAGCAACAGAACGGAGCUCUACGGAUCUAAGCAAAAGUGUCUGGAGCUUCGUCCCACGCCGCAGGGCAAAGCCCCGUGGCAACCAGAGGGCAAAGCCGGUUGUACCGACGAGACAGAAGCGUGUCUCGGGACCGAAGUCGUGUGCUCCAUUCUACUCAACGAAAUCCUCGUUGCCCAGUACAUUGAAUUCGACAUUGAUAACUUUAAAAAACUCUGUCUGGAGCAGCGGUCCAAGCAAGGCAAUAGCCCGCCCAAGGAAGACAAUAGUCCGCCCAAGGAGAGCAAUAACCCGCCCAAGCAACCUGACAAGCCGUUUUUUCAGCUUCCCAACUCGGAGAGCUGCUCCAAGCCCGGCGCAGACGAGGAGCCUUGCCUGGGCACCAUUGAAUGGUGCGACAAACACGGUCAACAGCAGGGCCUGGGCGAUAAAUAUGCAUGUCUUCUGACGCGUGGAUUAGACCUCAAGGCAUUUGAACAAAUUUUCCGAAAGAGACUGAUUGCGCCGGUCAAAGAGGGUAUUCUAACCUGGGCACAGAAUGUUACGAAGAAUGCUGCCAUCCGGGAGAUCCUGCUGAAUGCGACGACCGAAACCACUCAAAGGGCCAUCACUACCGACUUGUCAGGUUUUAUGGAUAAGAUCAAGGGUUCUCUGCAGCGUCAGACGCUCGAGGGUGUGCGCAAAGGACUCGAAAAGUAUGCCGGCCAGAAGCUUUUCUAA